GAUCCAAUCCAAUCCAACCACCCUGUUGAUUCGGUGGUCAUGUCGCGUCAAGUCGCUUGUCGCCGGUCGUCUCUAACUCCGCUCACCCACCAAGUGCAACAUGACUGAAGUGAAAUUAAAUGGAAAGCCGAGAGUACCAGUGACUCCGCGAGCCUAUGAUGCGAUCCAGAACGUUGACGUGGAUAACUUAGCCGCGCUCCCGGAAUGGGAGCUGCGUCCGCUGUUGCCAUGCUUGGUUCGCAUGGCGCUCUGCUCGCCUCUCGAUCAACGCCGGGACUGGGCCCAGAAGAAGAAAACGGUGCUCAAAAUACUCUCGGGCAUCGAACUGGUCAACUCGCUCGUCGCCCUUCUGUCCAUAGACUUCCACGCGCUCGAGCUGGACGUGAAGAAGGAGCAGCAACUACGGCUGAAGCUUGGUGCACACUCUGGAGAUAGCAUCCUGAUUUCUUCGCUACAAAACUCCUUGGCACUAGAAUUUGAGAGAAGUGAUGCAGCCAGGAAGCUACGCCUGGUCCUCAGUGAAUUGCUUGCCUUCAUUGCUCAAGUUAAGGACAGCAGAAGUGAUCCCGGAACAAAGUCUUCGGACCUCUUCGACAACGACGUCUACCUGGACGAGGUCUCUGAUGUUAUGUGCAUAGCACACGCAGAGCUUCCGGGCAUCCUCCACAUACAAGACAUAGCAGAGACGCUGAUCCACUUGAAGAACGGGCCAAACCUCCUGUGUCGGCUCAUAGCCAAUGCACCGGACAGCUUCUCCGAAGUGUGCCUGGCCCUGAUCUCCAACGGAGACCGGCAGGAUGAGGACACAGUGGGCGGCUGCAUCAGGAUGCAGGCCCUGCACCUGCUCUGCCAGAUGAACCCGGCCCAAGCCUUGAUCGUGCGAGCCAAGGCCGUGGAGCUCUGCCGCAUGCCGGGGCUGGCGGUGCUGCUGACACUGGACCACUGCGAGCCGGACUCGGACUCCGAGCUGGCGGGGGAUUUGGUGGCCUUCGUGAGCGGCCUGCUGCUGGGCAGCGACGACAAAGUGCGCACCUGGUUCGCUCAGUACGUCCGCAGCUGCCAGAAGAAGGGGGAGACGGGCAAGGGCAGCACCCUGGAGGCUCUGCGGGGGGAGCUGCUGUCCCGGCUCCAGCGCCUGGUGCUCUUCAGCAUGGAGCAACAGGACCUGCCGGACUGCCGGGUGGUCCAGGCAAACUCCCUGCUGCGCCUUUUCUGCGCCCUCCGCGGCAUUGCGGGCCUCAAGUUCACAGAGGACGAGGUGGCGGUGCUGGUGCAGCUGGCGACCUCCCACCCCCCUCCGAGCGCGGCGGGCAUCCGCUUCGUCUCCCUGGGGCUGUGCAUGCUUCUGGCCUGCCCCUCCCUGGUGUCCAGCCAGGAGCAUGAGAAGCAGGCCACCCGCUGGAUACGUUGGCUCAUGCGGGAGGAGAGCUACUUCGGCAGGACGAGUGGCGUGAACGCCUCAUUUGGGGAGAUGCUGCUGCUGAUUGCGAUCCACUUCCACGGCAACCAGCUGAGCCCGAUUGCGGACCUGGUCUGCUCCACCCUGGGCAUGAAGAUCCCCAUCCGGCCCAACAGCCUGGCCAAAAUGAAGGCAGUCUUCACCCAGGAGCUCUUCACCGACCAGGUGGUGACGGCCCACGCGGUGAAGGUGGCGGUGACACCCAACCUUAACGCCAACACGGCAGGCUUCCUGCCCGUACACUGCAUCUACCAGCUCCUCAAGAGCAGGGCCUUCACCAAGCACCGGGUGCGCAUCAAGGAGUGGGUGCUGAAGCAGCUGUGCGCCAGCGUGCCUCCGCUGCACCCGAUCCUGCCUGCCCUGGUGGAGGUGUACGUCAACUCGGUGAUCGUGCCCAGCUGCAAGGGCUCCCAGGAGACGACCAACGAGCCCCUGUCCGAGGAGGAGAUCGCCUCCGUCUUCGGUCAGGUGCUGCAGGACGGGGCCGCCAACGGCACUCAAGGCAAGCAUGCUGCCGGGACCGGCUGCGUGACUUCACGGGACGACACCAGCGGCCUGAUGGUCCCCCAGCUUCUGCUACUCUAUUACCUCUUGCUGUACGAAGACACCCGACUCAACAACAUGAAGGCCAUCGUGACCUCGGGGCGCAAAGUGAAGCGGUACGGGGCGGACUUCCUGUCGCAGCUGCCCAUGCGGUACCUGGUGACAACGGCCCAGCGGGACGAGCGCUACGCGGGGCUGUUCCCGCCGCUGCUGCGCCUGCUGGCCUCCCACCACCCGCACCUGUGCAUGGUGGACGACUGGCUCAGGGGGGAAGGCGGGGCCGUCACCUCCCUGCCCCAGAGGCGCUUUGGGCCCCGGGUGGGCCCCCGGGCACCCUGCAGCGUGCAGGGCCUGUCCCAGGCGUUCUGCAGCCUGCGCAAGUGCCCCAUCGACCUGAUGUCCCAGCUGGACCGGCUGAACACUCUGCCCCUGCACCAGCUGUGGCCCUAUGCCCAGCCCCUGAUCUCCCACCUGCCCCUGCUGCUCCAGGAGGGCAGUCCCAGACAGGUGAUGGAGCGUGCCAAGCAGGUGUGGUGGCGCCUGAACGAGGUGUUCCCCCGCCGCCUGUGGGUGCUGACGGCCAACGCCCUGCGGCUGCCUUGCCACAGCCGCCUCCGCCCCCUCACCCUCGACGACCUGGUGCUGGACCCCCUGCACGCCCUGCGCUGCGACAAGCGCGUCUUCAGGUGUGCCCCCGUUCUGGAGCUGGUGCUGCACAUGCUGCGCGCCCUGCUGGCAGCCUCGCGCACCCACCUAAGCCACCACCAGCUGGAGCACCCUGUGGCCGGGGAGAAGGGCUCGGCCGCGGAGGCUGACAAGGACCGGGAGGACCUCCGACUCGCCCUGGUGGCCGCCCAGGAGAGCGCUGCCGUGCAGAUCCUGCUCGAGUGUUGCCUGCCCACUGAGGCCGAAAAGAUGAAGGACGACGGCUUCUUGACGGACCUGCGCGAGGUCCAGACGCUGGUCUGCACCCACCUCCACCAGGUGUUCAUCUCGGACCCCAACCUGGUCAGGCUGGUCCACUUCCAGGGUUACCCGAGCGAGCUCCUCCCAGUGUCCGUGUCCCUGAUUCCCUCGAUGCACAUCUGCCUGGACUUCAUUCCCGAGCUGCUGAGCCAGCCGCACCUGGAGAAGCAGGUGUUUGCCAUUGAGCUGGCAUCUUACUUGUGCCUGCAGUACUCCAUUGCAAAAUCCCUCAGCAUUGCCCGCCUCUGCGUGAACGUCACCCACACUCUGCUGGGAGUGCUGCCCAGCUACCAGCGUCCGCUGCUGUUCCUGCCUGCACUGCCCGCCCUGGUGCGCAUGUGCCGCGCAUUCCCUCCUCUUGCCGAAGACGUUGCCGUGCUCCUGCUGCAGCUGGGACGCGUCUGCCUCUCCCAGGAGUGCACGGCUGCACCGCCACAGCUCGGUUUCUCAGCUAACCAGCUGGAGAAAUGCACCGCCUCCAUGGACUCUCAGGGGCUUCUAGAGAGGCUUCCCACCAACAGUGCGCUGUGCCGAGCGAUCCACAAAUCCUUCGCGGACCUGUGCGACAGUGCAGUGCUCAACAGGACCAUCUAUUAGAUGCAACGGCACUGCACCCCCCUUUUUGUUUUAUUUUGUGAUUGGUACCACCAAACUCCGCUCUGAAGACUCCCGCAAGCUUGGAAGGGACAGUGCACAAGACUACCGGAGCCACCUGCCUUGUACAUAAGACAUCUCAAGGUCAUUCAUUUCAUGACACUCAUCCUCGGUUUCUUCUAAAGCAGCAUGCCAUAGCCCUUUCUAUAUUCUGUUUCACUCAUGCUUGUUUCUUUCAAAGAACUCAUUAAAAAGAAAGUGAUUCU